UAGAUUUUACGUAACAAAGAAUAAACGAACACUAGAACACAGGAGUAUUUAAGAAACGAAUGGGGCGCCAGGGAAAUGGCAUGAGCUGAAUGGAGAGGUGCCGCCAUAUCAUAAACCCUUGAGGCUGAGGUUUUAUAAUACCAACAACAAUUUGCACUGUUUACCAAUCGGAUUGUAAAUUAGGGUUAUUCGUAACCGCGAUAUGGCGCCGCUGAGUUCUGACAACGGCAACGUUGUCUUCAUAGAUACAAACCUCGACACUCACUUGGCUCUUACCAUCUCCGAUCACGACACCGUCUCCGACUUCAAAAAGAGAAUCAUGUUAGAGCAUCCUGUAUGUUUUCCCAAAAUUGGACAGAUACAGAUUAACGGGAUUAAGGUUAAGCGCAAUGGUCACUUUUAUCAUUUAUCGGAUUCAAUGAUUGUGAAAAGUGCUUUUAGUGGUUUUAAGAAAAACUGGUUUCUUAGUGUUGAUGUUUCUGCAUUGGAGGAUUGUAGACAGAAUGAACAAUUGUUUUCUCAUGCUUCUCUUCAUCAGAUGGAUUCUAUUGGGGUUGCAAAUAAUGCAAAUAAUGCUUUAGUUCGUCCUAGUGAUAAUAAUGCUAUUCUUUUACCAUGCAAUUACCAGUUGCAAAUGUUGGAGAACAAACGAAAUGAAAGGGAAGGAGUUCCUGUUGUUAGCCCUUGUGUUUCUGAACACAGUGCUAGGAAAGCGGACACAAAUUUGAAGGUUGGUGUCAAUUUGUCUGGCCAUCAUGACAUAGAAAUUCCAUUGCCUGGUUCAAUCCCAAAGACAGAUGACUGUAGUCGUUUAAAUAAUGAAGUUCCAAGUUUACAUAUGGAAUGUGAAGUAGAUGGGAUUGAUAAAGGAAAUAAGGGGGAUUGUAAUGUGUAUGAAGAUGAACCUUCGGUAUCUGUGCAAAGUGAGACGAGAAAACGGAAGAAGAAAAGGAAACGAGAAGACGCUCUGGAGGGCGAUAAUUCCAAAGAAGAAAUUGCUUCUGUGGGGGGCGAUAAUUCCAAAGAAGAAAUUGCUUCUGAUCGCCCUUGGGUUUCAGAGCACGUUGGAAAAGAAGUUGUGAAAAAUUUGGAGAUGGUUCCAAGUUUAAAUAUUGAAUGUAAAGUUGGUGGAUCCGGUGAAGGAAAUGAGGAUGAUUGUAAUAAGGGUGAAGACGCACCUUCAAUAACUGUGCCAAGUGCAAAGAGAAGAAAGAAGAGUAAAAAGAAAAAAGAAGACACUGUUGGAGGUGAUAAUUCAAAAGAAGAAACCCCUUCUGACCGCCCGCGUGUUUCAGAGCACACUGAAAAAGAAGAACACACUGAAAAAGAAGCAGUGAUAAAUUUGGAGGUGGUUCCAAGUUUACAUAUUGAAUGUGAAGUAGAUGGAUCGGGUGAAGAAAAUAAGGGAGUAGUACAUUCAACAUCUGUGCCAAGUGCAAAGAAAAAGCGUAAGAGUAAAAGGAAAAACAAAGACACUGAGGGAGGCAGUAACUCAGAAGUUAACAUUGGCACUGUCAAUAAUCCUGUCGGUUGUCCGUCCGAAAGGGCAUCCAGUUUCAACAUUUUUCAAGUGCCUCAGUCUGAGAACAAGCAGGAUGAAAAAGAAGAAAUCCCUAUUGACCGUCCAUGCAUUUCACCGGACACUGAAAAAAAAGCAGUACAAAAUUUGGAGAUGGUUCCAAAUUCACAUAUUGAAUGUGGGAUAGAUGGGUCCUAUAAAGGAAGUAAGGAUGACUCGAUUGUAUGUGAGAAAGAAACUUCUAAACCCUCUCCAAGUGCAAAGAAAAAGAAGAAGAGUAAGAGUAAAAUGCAAAAAGAAGAUGCUGUGGGAGGUGAUAUCUCCAAAGAUAACAUUGCUUCUGUUGAUAAUCCUCUCGGUUGUCCGUCCGAAAGGGCGUCCAAUUUCAACAUUUUUCAAGUGCCUCAAUCCGAGAACAAGCAGGAUGAAAAAGAAGAAAUCCCUAUUGACCGUCCAUGCAUUACACCGGACACUGAAAAAAAAGCAGUCAAAAAUUUGGAGAUGGUUCCAAAUUCACAUAUUGAAUGUGGGAUAGAUGGGUCCUAUAAAGGCAGUAAGGAUGACUCUAUUGUAUGUGAGGAAGGAACUUCUAAACCCUCUCCAAGUGCAAAGAAAAAGAAGAAGAGUAAGAGUAAAAGGCAAAAAGAAGAUGCUGCGGGAGGUGAUAUCUCCAAAGAUAACAUUGCUUCUGUUGAUAAUCCUCUCGGUUGUCCAUCUGAAAGGGCAUCCAAUUUCAACAGUUUUCAGGUGCCUCAAUCAAAGAACAAACAGGAUGAAAAAGAAGAAAUCCCUUUUGACCGCCCAUGUGUUUCACAGCCCACUGAAAAAGCAGUCAAAAAUUUGGAGAUGGUUCCAAAUUCACAUAUUGAAUGUGAGGCAGAAGGGUCCAAUAAAGGCAGUAAGGAUGACUCUAUUGUAUGUGAGGAAGGAACUUCUAAACCCGCAGUAAGUGCAAAGAAAAACCAGAAGAGUAAGAGGAAAAGACAAAAAGAAGACCCUGCGGGAGGUGAUAUCUCCAAAGAUAACAUUGCUUCUGUUGAUAAUCCUCCUGGUUGUCCCUCCGAAAGGGCAUCCAAUUUCAACAGUUUUCAGGUGCCUCAAUCAAAGAACAAACAGGCUGAGAAAGAAGAAAUCCCUUUUGACCGCCCAUGUGUUUCACAGCCCACUGAAAAAGAAGCAGUCAAAAAUUUGGAGAUGGUUCCAAAUUCACAUAUUGAAUAUGAGGUAGACGGGUCCAAUAAAGGCAGUAAGGAUGACUCUAUUGUAUGUGAGGAAGGAACUUCUAAACCCGCACUAAGUUCAAAGAAAAAGCAGAAGAGUAAGAGUAAAAGACAAAAAGAAGACCCUGCGGGAGGUGAUAUCUCCAAAGAUAACAUUGCUUCUGUUGAUAAUCCUCCUGUUUGUCCAUCCGAAAGGGCAUCCAACUUCAACAGUUUUCAGGUGCCUCAAUCAAAGAACAAACAGGAUGAAAAAGAAGAAAUCCCUUGUAACCGACCAUGUGUUUCACAGCCCACUGAAAAAGAAGUUGUCAAAGAUUCGAAGAUAGCUCCAACUUCACAUGUUGAAUGUGAGGUAGAUGGGUCCAAUAACGUCAGUAAGGAUGACUCUAUUGUAUGCGAGGAUGGAGCUUCUAAACCUGAACCAAGUGCAAAGAAAAAGCAGAAGAAUAGAAGGAAAAAAGAAGAGACAGUGCGAGAUGAUACUCUGAAAGAAAGCAAUGCUUCUGUUGUUGUGCCAGCUCAGCAAGAUAUUGUAGUCCUUGCCAACUCUUCAGAGAAUGCAAAUAAAGAAGUAAUUAAGGACACUGAUGCUUUAAAGGAGCCACAGAACACUGCAUGCAACGAUAAUAACACUAAGAAUGAUGUACUGUCUAUGAAUGAGGCUUCAGAACUCAUGUCUCCUGCAAUGAAGCAAAGGAAAAGGAAGAAACCUCUAGCCCAUGAGUCAAAAGAUAUCAUUAUGAGCAAAACGAAUCUUGACCAAAUGGAGAUUGGGGCGGAGGCUCGCAAAGAAAACAUGCAGUCUACUACAAAAGAAGCAGGAAAUUAUAAGAACCAGUGUGAUAUUGAAUUGGAAGUACAGCUUUCUGAUGCAAACGAGCCCAAUGAUCUGAUGGAGGAUAAUGAGAAUGUCGUUGUUGGUCAUUGUCAUGAGAGUGAAGUUGGUCAAAUCGAUGGAGCUGCGGCAGGAGAAGUAUCACCACAAAAUGUUGACAUGAAUGGAGUAAAGGAACCUGUAAAACCGGCGAAUGAAAAAAAGGGGAUAAAAAAAGCUAUGAGUAAAGGUGAAAGACGGACGCUUAGAAAAGAUAAUGGCCAUGUGGAUGCUUCUGAGAGUGAAACUCUUGUUACCAAGUCUCUUAAAGCAACCAUUUGUGAUCCUAUGCCAGGAAAUGGGGAGACAAAGGAAAAUCCUCUAAAUCAAACCGAAGGGAAAGUAAUGCAGCAGGUGAAACUGCAAGGGACUGUUCCUUCUGUGACAGAUAAGGGAGAUGAUUUUAGCACUCAAAAUAUUGAUUCCCUGGAACAAACUAAAACAAAACCUAAUGCUCAAAAUGUGGACGAACAAGUGAGCAAGAGACUGAAAAAUAUUUCAAACAACAAACAAACUUCUACCCCAAAAGGCACAUCAGAUAUGCUAACAAAUGGUCAUGUUUUUGGUAGUAAAGAAGAGGGUGUCGUAAACAGGAUUGAUAAGGCACCAAAUGCACACAAGAGUGGACAAGUCGCGAAAUUGUCUAGUCAGUCUGACAGCGGCAUGUCCUCAAUUGGUGAAUAUAGAAAACCUCCUAACAGUGCUUCUGGGAGAAGUAUGGAUUUGGAAAAGCAAAGGAAACACAUUCCUACUUCAAAUGCAAAGCUGGAAGAAGGUUUCAACAAAAUGGUUCAAAAUAAAGCAGGAAAAGCUUCCGGGAAUGAUGCCAUGAGAGUUGUGAGUAACUCUCAGCAGAAGAAGAGUUUGUUAGAAGGAGCAAUUUUCGAGGAUGAUAGUGACAGUGCCUCUGAAGAUGAAGAUACGGCUUAUGAUUCUGAUGCCAGCACUAGAACUCCAUCUGAUAACUCAGUCCCGUCUGAUUUAGAUGGGUAUGACAGUCCAGAUCUGGAUUCACAACAAAAUGGUUCUUAUGAUGGGAAAGGGCUGGAAAAUGAUGAAAGAAGUUCCCUUAAAUCAAGUUUGUCAGGCACAGCAAAAAUGCCAAUUGAGCAUAUCCUUAAAAGCUCAGCAAGGUAUAAGAAAGCCAAAAUUACAGCCUCUCAAUUGGAUGAAUCUGAAAGUCUGCUGGAAUUUGUUCCCGACAGCCUUUCUUAGAUGUAAUCACAAGUUUCAGCAUUGUGAUAUUUUUGUUCUCCUUUGUGAUGUUUUUGUUCUCCUUUGUAGCUGUUGUGAGCGUCUUCUUUUCACCUUCUUUCCAAACAGUGCUGAUUUUCUUUUAAGAUUGUUACAGAUCAUGAUGCGAUUUAUGUUGCAAGCCGGGUUUAUUAGUUAUACCAUUGUGGUAUAUUAUUAUCAUUAUUACCAUAGAGAUAUAAAUAAAGUACAUUAAUCAAA